AUGAAGUUAAAAGUUUUGUAUUUUGUGACUUUACUAGCUUCAGUAAGAGCUGCUAAUAUCCUAUACAUAUCCACUGCACCGUCUCCAAGUCACUAUUUAUGGUGUAAACCGCUUCUCGAUGCUCUUCAUGACCGUGGCCACAACUUGACAAUAUUAAGUCCUGAUAUUGAAUCUUCAAAAGUCAAUUUAACUUUUCUCCAUUUAGAUCAGAUUUAUCCGAUGGUUUUGAAAGAAGCUAGAGAAAUGCAGUACCUGGAAGUAUCAAAUUCUAAUCCUAUAGAAAUGUUUAUGCUUUAUGUGGAAACUUCAGAGAUUGCUUGCAGAGCUAGUUUGGUAUCAAAAGGAUAUAAGCAGUUACUCGAAUAUCCAGAUGAUUUUAAAUUUGAUCUAGUUCUGCAUGAUUUUCUAGCAGACCCGUGCUUAUUAUUUUUUGUAUCGAAAUUCGGAAAUCCGAAUAUAAUUGGAUUUUCAGCCUACAACAUGCCAACACUUUUUGGAGCAAAUCUAUUAUAUCCAUCAUUUGUGCCCGGAUAUAGUCUUCUAUAUCCUACAAAAAUGAAUUUCAAACAACGAUUGGUUUCCGCUUUUGUGCAUACUGCUGAAUACUAUGUGAAAAUAUUUUAUACGGAACCGAAUGUUGACAAAAUUGUACGUGAAAAACAUCCAAAUGUUCCAUAUCUUGGAGACUAUAAGAAGAAUUACAAGCUAUUCUUAAUUAAUCAUAAUCCAAUUAUUGAUUGCAAGCAUCCAAUCUUCCCUAAUCAGAAGAAUGUCGGUGGUUUACAAGUUAAGAAGCCAAAGGAACUUCCUGACAACCUCAAAGCAUUUGCUGACAGUGCAACAAAUGGAUUAGUUCUGUUCUCAUUAGGAACGAAUGUCAGAAGCGAUUCUUUGGGUGAAGAAAGGUUAUUGAAAAUAUUGAAGGCAUUAGGAAGGCUUAAUAAGUACAAGUUCUUAUGGAAAUUCGAGACAUCUGAAAAACUUCCGAUUGAUCUACCAAAAAAUGUUAAAAUUCAAGCAUGGAUGCCUCAAAACGAUGUUCUUGCUCAUAAAAAUACAAAACUGUUUAUUUCCCAUUGUGGAUUGUUGAGCACUCAAGAAUCAUUGUGGUACGGAGUUCCUGUUCUCGGUUUUCCUGUAUUUGCUGAUCAGCAUCAAAAUGCAUUUAAGUUGAAUGAACUUGGAACCAGUGAGACGCUAGAUGUUCUUGGCUUCACUGAGGAUGAACUUUAUGAGACAGUCGUAAAGUUGCUGGAAGAUCUAAAAUACAUUAAAAAUGCAAAGAAAAUCUCAAAAGCAUUACAUGAUCGUCCGAUGUCAGCUCUAGAGGAAGCAACAUAUUGGACAGAGUGGCUUCUUCGCAAUCCAGAUAUUGACCUUGAAGGACCUGCUGCAGAUAUGAAUUUAUUUCAAAGACAUUCACUGGAUCUUUAUACAUUUGCUUUAUUUGUAUUAUUUAUUAUCAUUUAUGUGCUGUUUAAGAUUGCAAUGAUGCUACUCAAACUGUUUUUUGGAAUAAAUAGAAAAAGUGAGAUGAGAACUAAGAAGACAAACUAA